CGCAUCAGGAACGCCACCUGUCACGCCUGCUUCUCACAGUCCUACUGCUCAGUGACUGGUACAGCAGAAGGAGCUCAGAACGGGUCGGAGGUGGAGGCUGCGUCCUCUGUACGGCUGUCCAGCGACCCCUCCAGCAGGGACAUCGUGGUGAGAGAGGGAUCCAGCACACUGAUCGAGUGUAACGUGACCGGGGCCACCGAUGACAUAAAGUGGUUCAACUCUAAAGGACCUCUGCUGGGUGAAGGUGCAGGUGGGAAGUGGCAGAUCCAGGAGGACGGUGUCCUGAACAUCAGCGUGGUCUCCUUUGAGGACCGUGGCCGCUACACCUGUGUGGCCUCCAGUGGUGCUGGCUGUACCAAAAACUACACCGUCACGCUGCGUGUAGCCUACACUGAGAGCGGCCUGGGCCUCUACUUUGUCAUCGUCUGCCUGGUGGCCUUCACCAUCACCAUGAUCCUCAACGUGGCGCGGCUCUGCAUGGUCAGCAGCCACCUCAAGGAGAUGGAGAGAGCCAUCAACGAGUUCUUCCGCACCGAGGGCGCUGAGAAGCUGCAGAAGGCCUUUGAGGUCGCCAAGCGCAUUCCCAUCGUCACGUCGGCCAAGACGCUGGAGUUCGCUAAGGUCACACAGUUCAAGACCAUGGAGUUCGCCCGUCACAUUGAGGAGCUGGCACGGAGCGUCCCUCUGCCGCCGCUCAUCCUGAACUGCCGAACGGUCGUGGAGGACGUCGUGGAGACGGUGAACCGUGCGUCUGACCCUGCACGGCCGGCCAAAUCUGGGAAAACGACAAGCUAUAGGCCCGCCCCGCUCUGACAGAGAUGGAGAGGAGGAGGAAGUGUGCCAGGCGCUGCUGUCAUGUGAAAGGCGAGGGAACGAUGGAGGCGCUGCUGACAUCAAAGUGUCAGUCCACACUGUUUCCGAGAAGACCAGUGACAAUAAGGAGGCUGAAAGAAACCUCCAUAUGCUCGCACCAGGCUCACGAACAAGUGUGUCCUAUGAGAGCAGCAUGUAGCCAGUCUAAAUCCCAUCAGAGGAAACAUUUCCUGUGUGCAAAUAAGAGAUGAAGACCUCUCAUACAUAGACUUUAUUUAUAUUUUUCAUGUCUGUGUCAUCCUUUCUUUAUGUUUUCUUGCCCACAGUCGGUGUAGCAGUAGAUAUCAGAGCUCAGCUCUCCUCCUUCAGCAGAUGCCAGUUGCUGCUGUUCACUUUUGUUCACUGUGACAGUCACUCAGCCUCCACGAACAAAACGAUGUGAUGAAAUAUCCUUAUUUCACUGCAUCAGUUGUUUUCAUGUCACUGCUCCCUGUCAAUCACCUGACACUCACAGGAAGAAGUGGAAGACAUGGAAAUGAUCUCCUUAAGCCUUGAUUGCAGUGUCUCUGUCUGCUUUGUUUAGUGAGGACAGCAGAUAAUUGCAGGUUAGGCAGCCAAGGAGGAGAAAUAUAAAUGUGAUGAUUCUUAUAUUGGAACUUGAAAACCUGUCUGAUGUCAUGAAAAGUGUCUUGCCUGGAAAUUUUAAAGACACAUUUAGGUUUAAUUAUUUUAAUAAUGUAUGGAUUAAUAGUGACUUAUUUGGAGUCUGUAAUUGAUUGUUUUGUGUAGAGGUUUACAUAUCUGUUAGGUUGUCCAUAUCCUGGGUGAGGUGUCUGUUUGCUACAUUCCAGCAAAAAAUAGAACAAAGAUAUUGAAUAUGUUUGAUCUUUUCUAUAAAAUUAGCUUUGAGAUUGUUUCAGGAUCUUGAAUAAAAGACCAAAGGAAGUCAUUGUUGAAAACUCUGUGCUGUUUGUAUCUGAUGUUUCAAUGAGUUUCUCAGUUGAUUAAUGUAAAUUUGAAGCCUGGACGUUCUGCUUCUUUAUGCUGUCUCAGGAGGAUACAUAUGAAAAUGGAUCAUGUUAAGUGUGAAAACUGUGAAUCAGUCCUGGAACUUGAUAACUAUAACUGACAAUAAAUAAAUACAAAAGCCUAUAGGUGUUUGUCAGG